CUCCUCCUACAGCAGGUAGAACAGGUUGAGCAGCAAAAACUGAAAGCAAAAGCAUGCUGCAACUUAACAUCAGCAAAGAACGAGUCUAAAAAUCGACAUUAACCAGCAGGAUAUUUUUCAUGGCCUAAUCAAUGGACAAAAAGAUGAGUGACAAAAUGAAUCUUGGAGAGAAGACAGAAGAGGGAUCUCCAGAAUCAAUUUGUGUACCUGUGAGGAGUAAAAAUUCCAUGGGUUUGCCUGAACCAUUGGUCCUAUCAGUGUGGAAAAAGGAGAUCAGACUGCAGACCAGCAGGAGGAUUCUCACCAACUAGAGAAUGAUGCACUGAAGAGAGGCAAAGACAAGCACAAAACCAGCAUGAAGAACAAGUAUGAGACACUAUUUGAGGGAACCAAACUCCAGAAGAAUGAAACCCUCCUGAACAGGAUCUACACACAGCUUUACAUCAUAGAGGGAGAGAGUGAAGGCGUGAAUGAAGAACAUGAGGUUUUACAGAUGGAGAAAACCGCUAGAACACAAGACACUCCAAUCGACUGCAAUGAUAUCUUUAAACUAUUACUUGAGCAAGGAUAUAAAGAGAAACACCAAAUCAAGACUGUUCUUACUAAAGGCAUCGCUGGAAUCGGAAAAACCGUCUCUGUGCAGAAGUUCAUUCUGGACUGGGCUGAGGGAAAAGCCAAUCAGGAUGUAGAUUUCAUGUAUGUGCUUCCAUUUCGAGAGCUGAACUUGAUUCGAGAUCAUCAGUACAGUCUUCACAGACUUCUGCUGGACUUUCAUCCUGAACUUCAAGAUCUGGACCCAAAGAUUUAUGAGGAGUGUAAAGUUGUGUUCAUCUUUGAUGGUCUGGAUGAAAGCAGAAUCACACUGAUGUUUUCAGAUGCUCAGAAAGUUUGCGAUGUGACUGACAUUUCAUCAGUAGGUGUGUUGAUGUCAAACCUAAUGAGAGGAGAGCUGCUUCCCUCUGCUCUCAUCUGGAUCACCUCCAGACCAGCAGCAGCCAAUCAGAUCCCCUCCAAAUACAUUAAUCGUGUGACAGAAAUUCAGGGAUUCAGUGAGCCUCAGAAGGAGGAAUAUUUCAGAAAGAGAAUCAUGUGCCACAUCCCAGUCUUCUGCUGGAUCUCAUCCACUGUGCUUCAGAAGCUCCUGGAAGAAGAUCCGAGUCCAAAAUUUCCUCAAACUCUGACUGAAAUGUACAUCCACUUCUUGCUCACUCAGAUAAACAUGGAAAAUCAAAAAUAUGAAAAGGGAGAUGCAGAGAAACUCCUUCAGUCCAACAGAGAAGUGAUUGUGAAACUUGCUGAAGUGGCUUUCAAGCAGCUGAUGAAUGACAAUGUGAUGUUCUAUGAAGAGGACCUGAUUGAGCAUGGCAUAGAUGUCACUAAUGCCUUUGCACAUUGUGGGAUUUUUACUGAAAUCUUUAAGAAGGAUUCUGUUAUUCAUCAGAGGAAAGUCUACAGCUUCAUCCAUUUGAGCAUUCAGGAGUUUCUUGCUGCUUUCCAUGUGUUUUAUUACCAUGUAAAUGCAACUAUGAAGGAACUGAAUAACUUUGUUUCAAUACAAAGUUUGCUAAAGGGUGCAGUAGAUAAAGCAAUCGAAAGUAAGAAUGGACACCUAGAUCUAUUGCUGCGGUUUCUGCUUGGCAUCUCACUGGAGUCCAAUCAGAGACUCUUGCAGGAUCUACUGCCACACACAGAGAACAGCUCAGAGACCAUCAGGAAAACCACAACGUACAUUAAAGAGAAGAUCAAAGAUGGACAAGAACUUUCCACUGAAAGAUCCAUCAAUCUGUUCCUCUGUCUGCUGGAAGUAAAAGAUCAGACUCUGUCCAGAGAGAUUCAGGAGUUUGUGAAAUCAGACAAACACUCAGAGAAGAAACUCUCUCCUUCUCACUGCUCAACAAUCUCCUACAUGCUUCAGAUGUCAGAGGAGCCACUGGAUGAGCUGGACCUCAAGAAAUACAACACAUCAGAUGAGGGGAGAAGAAGACUAAUUCCAGCUGUGAUCAACUGCAGAAAAGCUCUUUUUGAUGCCUGUAAUUUAGGUUCUCAGUGUUGUGAAAUUGUAGCCUUGGCUCUACAAUCAUCAAACUGUGUCUUGAGAGAGCUAAAUCUGAGUAACAAUGACCUGCAGGAUUCAGGACUGAAGCUGCUUUCUGGCGGACUGAAGAGUCCAAACUGUCAGCUGCAGAUACUGAGGUUAUCUGGCUGUAUGGUGACAAAAGAAGGCUGUGGUUAUCUGUCUUCAGCUCUGAGUUCAAACCCCACAUACCUGAGAGAACUGGAUCUGAGCUACAAUCACCCAGGACCAUCAGGAGUCCAGCUGCAAUACAAACUGAAGCAUCCAAACUUUUCACUACAGAUACUCAAGUUGAAGCCUCAAGGAGAUAUCUGGAUUGUAAAGGGACUGAGCAAAUAUGCUUGUAAUCUCACACUGGAUCCAAACACAGCACAUACUCAACUCAUUCUGUCUGAAGGGAACAAAACAGUAACAUGUGUGAAAGAGCAUCAACCAUAUCCUAAUAAUCCUGAAAGAUUUGAUCGCUUUGAGCAGGUUCUAUGUAAAGAAAGUCUGACUGGACGCCAUUACUGGGAGGUUAAAUUGGAUGGGUGGGCUCAUAUAGCAGUGGCAAAUAAAGGAAUCAACAGAAAAGAAGGGAGUGACUGUCGGUUUGGACUCAAUAAAGAGUCCUGGAAUCUUUACUGCUGUGAUACAGUCUAUUCUGUCUGGCACAAUAAAGUAAGAAAAAACAUUCCUGUCCCUUCACCCUCCCCUAAGAAAAUAGGUGUCUAUGUGGAUGUACCAUCUGGCACUCUGUCCUUCUACAGCGUCUCAGACACACUCACACUCACACACUUAUACACAUUCAGCACCACAUUCACUGAACCCCUCUAUGCUGGGAUUGCAGUUUAUUAUGGUUAUUCAAUGUCUCUGGGUUAGAUUUAAGAACAUUCUGUAUGGAGCUAGAGAUACAUAUGGAAGUCCAUUUCCACCUUUAAGCAAAAAUGUGAAAGGGAAAAUGCCACUUUAUACAGUACUUUAUUUCUUAUAAUUAUAGUCACAAAAAUGAAGUUGUCAGCUUGUACUAUACAUUGUAACAUCAUUUAACAAAUUAAAAUGUAAAGAUAUAAAGGUGUAAUUAUAAAAAUAUAUGUUAACAUGACAUAAAUGUAUACAUAAUUUAAAGUAUUAAGUCACAUUAUAAAAUAGAAGGACAUGGUUACACUGUAUUUUGUUACAGAGUAAUUAUUCAUUUAUGUUUAUUUGUAAUAUUAACAACAUAUAUUUACUGUAUGGCUAGGGUUAUGAUUUAGGUUUGGCUUAAAGUUAGUUGCAUGUAAUUAUUUAUAUCCUUUACUGUUAUUAUAGUACAUGCAAUAUGUGUAACAAUGGCACCUUAAAAAUAAAAUGUUACCAAAGACACAAUUACCAGAAAUAUUGUCUCAGUUAUGAGACAUGGCCUUAGAGAGUCACAAUGGCACGGUAUUUUUUUAUAAUUUUGGAAGACUUAAAGGAGAGUUUGAGAAUAAAGGCCGAAGAGACAAUGUAAAUCGAUAUGACAUAAUGAAGAAGUUUAAUAAAUGCAAUGUUCUCUUCUGCUUGUCCCACUCUGAAAGUUCUACCCUGUUAGGUUUGCCCAGUCAAAUAGAUGAAUAAAAACCUAUCUGACACAGUGGCGAAAGUUUUGUUCAACUGUAGAAGGUUAGAGAGCUGUAAACAGCUUAUUUAACUCAAAAUUUUCCACCCCGGAAAUUAUAACUCUUCUCACUACCACUAAAAGUUUUAGAUGAAUUUGAAGUCUCUUCUGCUCACCAAGGCUUUAUUUAUUUGAUCUAAAAUACAGUAAAAACAGUAAUAGAGAUUACAAUAUUUAAUCCUGUUAAGUGUGUCAAAGCUUUAUUAAUGUAUAUUAUCUACACUCUAAAAUGGUUUUGAUUUGGUUUUGAUUUAAAUUAUUUAAGAUUUCUUACAUAUCCUGAGAUAGUUACUUGCGCUACACUUUUUCCUGCCUUUUUUACAAUCUGUAACUGUCAAAGUUGCAUCAUUUCAAAGCAAAAAAACUAAACAAAAACAGAAUAUGAACAGCUUUAUACUCACAUCAGAAAACAGAAUAAAAAUAAUUCAAUGGACACCUAAAAAAUGUAUACUUUACUGAGAAAAUAAUUAAUAAUCAUAAAAAGUAAUAAUAAAAUAAAACUGAAAAGUAAAGGGGUAAUUGUUCUAAUUGUGUCUGUAAUCAACCAAGAAUACAACCAUAACUACUCACAAAAAAGAAAGAAAAACCUUCAUAUUAGUUUGUGAGUGGGACUUUUAUUUUGGCAUGUGGCCGUGACGUCACAGGUCUGCGCCGCUCUCUGCUUCUGAUUAGACUGAAGAAAGUGUUCACUUCAAAGCAAACCUUUAGUUCAAGUGAGCGAUGGAAAGUUAGUUCAUUAAUAUUGACUGUAGCGCUUUAUAUAACGAGUAUAAAGUAUCAAGAUAUUUAGAAUGAGUUUGUGAUAAACACGACUUCAGUCCUCGACAGAAACUAGUGACUAGAGAGAGAUGAUUGAGAGAAACAGAUAGAGUUUGGGCUGAUUUUCCUUCAUUCUUCUCAUCUUAAUCAGAAGAGUCUGGAUCUCAGGAGUUUUUUCUGUUUGGACUCUAUUAUAAAGAUGGAGUUUAUUAAAGAAGAGACUGAAGAUGUGAAGAUUGAAGAAACAUUCAGAAUCAAAGAAGAAGACACUGAGGAACAAACAGACCUGCCGCUGAAAGAGGAGAGCACAGAACUGAAGGAAACGGGAGAGAAAAUACAACAUGAAGCUGAACGUGAUUUUAAAGCUGAAGAAGAAUCUUUCAGUUGGCCACAGAUCAAAGAGACUUUCUCACUGCAAACGGCUCCUAAAACAGGAACUGAAAGUUACUUAACCCCUUCUCGGUGUGAAAAGAGUUUGGAUGAACACGGAAACCUUAAAGUCCACAUGAGGAUUCACGGAGGACAAACAUUGAC